AUGAUGCUUAUUCUGUAUACCCUGUUUGCAGGUAUGGCAUUUUUGCCGUUGUUGCUUUACGCAAAGAAUCCGAACUUUUUUGCAGAUAUAAGGUUCGCUUUCGUUUGCAUUCACAUCGGUUUAAGACUGUCCAGAUACGCAAAGCGCAAACCGUUUUACAGCAUUUUGGAUCGCUUUCUAGAUAGAGUGGCGGCGCGUCCGCAGAAGCCGUUCAUCGUGUUUGAGAAUAGCACCUACACGUACGGAGACGCCGAUGAGCAAAGCAACAAAGUGGCCCGGGCUUUGCAAACGCAUGCCGGUGUGAAAGCAGGGGACAGUGUGGCUCUCCUCCUUGGCAACGAGCCGUUCUUUAUCUGGAUGUGGCUCGGCAUCGCCAAGUUGGGAUGCACAGCCGCCCUGCUCAACUCCAACAUCAGAUCCAAAUCUCUGCUGCACUGCUUCUCCUGCUGCGACGCCAAAGUCCUCGUUGCCGCUGCUGAGUUACAGGAUGCUGUGGAGGAGGUGUUGCCCUCCUUGCAGGAGCAGGGUAUCCAUGUGUUUAUCCUCAGUGAAAAAUGUGACAAAGAGGGUAUUGAGAGUCUCUCUGACAAGAUCAAGCUGGCUUCAGAUCAACCUCUGUCACCUCAGCUUCGAGCCAACAUCACUUUCAAGAGCCCUGCACUUUACAUUUACACCUCAGGAACCACCGGACUUCCCAAGGCAGCAGUAAUUAACUAUGAGAGGGUGUGGAAGUUCUCCUUUCCGCUGUCUAAUAUUGGUACACGUUCAGAUGAUGUCAUUUACGUAUGCCUGCCCCUCUACCACACUACUGGCUUCAUGGUAGGACUCUGUGGAGCAAUCGAGAAAGGUAUCACUGUCGUUUUGAGACGUAAAUUCUCUGCCUCUCGGUUUUGGGAUGACUGUAGGAAGUACAAUGUGACUGUAAUACAGUACAUAGGAGAGACUAUGCGCUACCUCUGCAACACACCAAAGAGAGACUAUGAAAAAGAUCACAAAGUCAGACUGGCUUUGGGUAAUGGGAUAAGAGCUGACACCUGGACAGAGGUCCUGCAACGUUUUGGAAAUAUUUCUAUUUUCGAAUUCUAUGGAGCUACUGAGGGCAAUAUUUCAUUUGCUAACUACACUGGAAAAAUUGGCGCUAUCGGCAGGGAGAAUUUUCUCCACAAAGCUGUGUGCCCAUAUGCCCUCAUAAGGUUCGACACAGAGAAAGAGGAGCCAGUCAAAGACUCCAGAGGAUUCUGUAUUGAAGUCCCAAGAGGAGAAACUGGUUUGCUGGUUGCCAAGAUUGGAAGGCCGUCACCGUUUGUCGGCUAUUCCAAAAACAGGCAGCAGACAGAGAAGAAGAAGCUAAGUGGCGUGUUUGUGAAAGGAGACCAGUACUUUAACACUGGUGACCUCCUAAAGAUAGACCAGGAAGGCUUCAUCUACUUUCAAGACCGUAUUGGAGACACCUUCAGGUGGAAAGGUGAAAAUGUGGCGACCACAGAGGUGGCCGAUCUUUUGAACAUGAUAGAUUGCAUUGAAGAGGCUAAUGUCUACGGUGUGAAGGUGCCAGGACAUGAGGGGAGAAUCGGGAUGGCAUCAGUCAAACUGAAAGAUGGCAUGGAGUUUGAUACCAGCGCUACGUACCAGCAUGUCAACGCCUACCUCCCCAGCUACGCACGACCCUAUUUCAUUCGUGUACAGAGUUCACUGGCAGUGACUGGGACCUUUAAGCAGAUGAAGGUGAGGCUAGCGGAGGAGGGCUUCGACCCAGCCAUCAUCACUGAGCCCUUGUACUAUCUGGAGGGCCGAGAGGGCUAUGUCCCCAUGACUCAGGACAUAUUCAGUUUAAUCUCAGAGGGAAAGAUCAAACUCUAGACAUCUGCGGUAUCAGAUGCUUUGUGCUGAUCUGAGCGAGACCUGCCACUUUAGAAUCUAAUCAUGACACACAAUGUCUCAAGCAUGCAUCAGAGGAUAAGGUGAAUAAAUGCGGUGUAAAUUCAGACCAACCUGUUAAGCACUUACGGUAAACUUAUUUCAGUUAUUUUAUAAAGGCUUUACCAAGAUUGUUGUAUGCUGUUUAUUGCAAUAUUUU